AUGACCGAAAACGACAUGGAAGUCGACGGUGGAAAAGGACCGUCUGGGCAAGUGACACGCCCGCCUAGGAUGGAUGUCGAUGCCAUAAUAAGAGAGCUCAAAAGUCAGCCCAUCAGGAAUCCUGUCCUUCGAGGAAAGGUUGAAAAUCGUGCAUCCGCUCCAAGCCCGUUAUCUGAAUUGCGAUAUCAGCCAGGAGGACAGCAUGAACUCAACUCUCAGCUCAACGAGCGUAAACUCCCCGGUAUAUUGAAGCCAGAGUAUAUUUUCAUUAGGAAAUAUGAUUCAGCCGUUCGCUCAUUCCGUGGUUUCAUCGUUCAGGCUCCGAACUUUGGAACCCCUCGAAGGAACACGAAAAGGCUGACGACUGCCGAACAGAGAGCUUUGGACCUGAAGCGUUUGAAGGAGCGGCAACAACAGUUUCACGAGGAGGAAAUGGCUCUUGGUGGGUACCACGACGUGUUCAACGACCCUUGUCCCGAGUUUAAACCCCGAACGUUUGCAUAUGAGUCUACGUCCGAGGAUGACUCACAAGUGGUAGAGCUUGAUAAUGCAGCGUCAGAGAAGGCGAUGGAAAUGUUGCGACGUCAUCGCAGGGGCGGAAUUGGGCAAGGUUGCUCUACCCCACAGAGUUUGGCCAAUCACACUUUUGCACCACUGCGGAAGAUUGACGUAUCUAUUGUGAAGUGCUCUGAGAGUGUCUCUAAUAAUAGGUUAGAUGCUGCUGUAGGUGAAAUGGCUACAAGUACGCCAGUUGUUGAUGCUGUUGAGCAAACCGGGACUGUUAUACGCAAGGCUAUCGCAUGU